GAGAGAGAGCAGGCUUUUUGUACCUCGGAGUAUCGAUGACAUCAACCAGCUCCUGUUCUGUUCUUGAGCGCGCCGCCGACCUAAGCUCGUGCAGGAAAAUGGGGGCGCGUAGAUAACGGUGUUGGAAAGAGGUUUAACCAGAAAGCUUUGAGUCACUGUCUCAGCCACAGUCUCAGUCUCUGUCGCUCUCUCUGUCUCGGUGUCCGGAUACGCGGAAUUUACCAUCCAGAGCCCAGAGGGGCAUGAAGCGCGUGCACACAUGAAUUGGUCGCAUCGCUGCAAACGGAGCGACAACAAAGAUUUGAGAGAGAAGAAGAGGGAUGUCUUAAAACAUACUAAAAUCAGUAUUUUUGCAUUCUUGGCGUCACAGAUUGCGAUCCGACUGACCGGGAUUUCUUAACACAUCUCCGGGUUCAAUAUAUAAGGGUCUACAAGGCAUUCACGUUCAAACUGCAGAGGAUUACCAAAACCUGGACAUGACACCAAAUCAAGUAUAAAAAGACAGUGUGGUUGUAAAAUUACAAAAACGUGGAAAAGUUCAAGGAGGGUGAAACGCUGUUCUGGACUCUGAUUGGCCAGAAGUGUGCCCGGACGAUCGUGUGUGCUUCCCCGUCAUGGCUCCUGGCUCUCUGGAGGUGUUUCCCUCUUCCUUCUUGCUCCUGCUGGCCCUCCUGCUCUCUUUGCUCUCCAGCACCUGCCAUGCCUUAUCUCCUCCUAAGUUCACAAAAAUCCCAACUGAUCAGAUAGGAGUGUCCGGUGGUGUAGUGUCCUUCGUGUGUCAAGCCACGGGCGACCCGAAGCCGCAGGUCAUCUGGAACAAAAAGGGCAAAAAGGUCAACUCUCAGAGGAUAGAGACCAUAGAGUUUGAUGAAGGAGCAGGGGCGGUGCUUCGUAUCCAACCGCUGCGAGCUCCGCGAGAUGAGAACGUUUACGAGUGCGUGGCCCGGAACAGUGAGGGCGAAAUCGCAGUCACCUCCAAGCUGUCUAUUAUCAGAGAGGACCUGCUGCCGUUCGGCUUCCCCAGUAUAGACAUGGGUCCCCAGUUGAAGGUUGUGGAAAGAACACGCACUGCCACCAUGCUCUGCGCUGCCAGUGGCGUCCCCGAUCCUGAGAUCUCCUGGUUCAAAGACUUCCUUCCUGUGGAGCCAGCACUCAGCCAGGGUCGUAUUAAACAACUACGAUCAGGUGCCUUGCAGAUCGAGCGGAGCGAGGAGACAGACCAGGGGAAAUAUGAGUGUGUAGCAUCGAACUCGCAAGGAGUGCGCUACUCCUCCCCAGCCAAUCUCUACGUGAGAGAGCUACGAGAAGUUCGCCGAGUGCCGCCCCGGUUCACCAUCCUGCCCUCGAGUCAUGAGAUCAUGCCAGGAGGAAGUGUAAAUAUCACAUGUGUAGCAGUGGGCUCCCCCAUGCCCUACGUGAAAUGGAUGCUGAACUCCGAAGACCUAACGCCCGAAGAUGAGAUGCCGGUCGGCCGGAACGUUCUGGAGCUGAACGGAGUGCGUGAGUCGGCCAACUACACCUGCGUGGCAAUGAGCAGCUUGGGGAUUAUAGAAGCUGUGGCUCAGGUCAUCGUUAAAUCGUUACCCAGAGCUCCCGGCACCCCCAUCGUGACGGAGACAACAGCCACAAGCAUCACCAUUACCUGGGACUCUGGCAACCCAGACCCUGUGUCCUAUUAUAUCAUCCAAUACAGAGCAAAAUCACCUGAUAGCAAGUUUGAGACGGUUGACAGCAUCACGACGACGCGCUACAGUAUCGGUGGCCUCUACCCCAACACUGAGUAUGAGAUUCGUGUCUCUGCAUUCAAUACCAUCGGCCAAGGCCCACCCAGCAACAAGGUGGAUGCUAGGACCGGAGAGCAGGCGCCCGCCAGCCCACCUCGGAACGUCCAGGCUCAAAUCAUCUCACCCAGUGCUGUAACCGUCAGGUGGGAGGAACCUGAAGAACCCAAUGGACAGAUAAAGGGCUAUCGAGUUUACUACACCAUGGAUCCGUUGCAGCCGAUGAGCAACUGGAAGAUCCAUAAUGUUCAGGAUAGUGUGAUCACCACCAUUCAGAGCCUGGCUCCAUCUGAGACCUAUACCAUCCGUGUCCUGGCUUUUACCUCUGUAGGAGAUGGACCCUUCUCGGAUUCAGUACAUAUUAAAGUCCUGCCUGGGGUCCCAGGCCAGCCAGGGAAGUUCAGGACUGGCAAGGUGAGAGAUACGAGCAUUGAGUUGAUGUGGGAUCCACCGUUCUCUAAAGAGCCCAUCAAAAGCUACGAGCUCAUUUACAGAGCUGCAAAACAUGGCACGCAGGAGAAGAAAUCCUUUGAGCCCAGGUCUUUUUAUGUUGUUGAGGGUCUGCGAGCAAACACAGAGUACAUCUUCUCUCUGGCGGCCAUUUCCAGUAAAGGCAUCGGAGCCUUCACCAAUGAGAUCUUCCACCGUACCGCACAAGCCAAUGUACCCAGGAACUUCUCUGUGAAUCUGGCGACCAAGACGAGUGUGUUGUUGACGUGGGAGUUUCCGGAGAGCAGCUCCCCCUACCGCUUUACUGUGGAGUACAACCGUCAGAAGAUGGAGGUCGACGCUCACUUGAGGAAAGCCGUGAUCCCCAACCUGAUGCCUGACACCAGCUACGAUUUUAAAAUCACAAGUCCUGAAGGUAACCUGGGUGGCUUGAGACACCGCAUCCAUGCCAAAACCUCACCACCUAUGGUCAUCAAUCGGCCUGAGAUCGACCACAGCCGUGAUACAGAGACUACCAUCACCAUCAUAUUGCCCUCGCUGGACAACAGGAACAAUGUUAGGAAUAUCUAUGUGGUGGUGGUUCCACUGAAGAGAGGCAGAGGAGGGAACCGGCAUCUGAAGAGCCCAGACGAAAUGGACUUGGAAGAGCUGUUGAAGGACAUUAGCCAGAAGCAGCACGACCCACGGCAGAGGCAAGUGGACCUUCGUCGUGCCUACAUUACCGCUCGCUUCACUCCCUCCAGCCUGCCUGCGUUCUUCACGCUUGGGGACCAGCUGGACUAUGGUGGCUUUGAUAACCGCGCUCUGGAAUCUGGCCAGGAGUACGUCUUCUUUAUCCUCGCUGAACUCAACUCCACCACUGGGAAGAUGUUCGUUGCCAGCCCCUACACGGACCCGGUCAUUGCACCUGAUUCAGACCCCCAGCCUCUGGAUGCUGGAGAUGGACUCAUUUGGGUGGUGGGACCAGUCCUGGCAGUGGUCUUUAUCAUCUGCAUUGUCAUUGCUAUCCUGCUAUACAAGAACAAACCAGACAGCAAGCGCAAAGACUCCGAGCCUGGCACCAAGUGUUUACUGAACAACGCUGAAAUGAUGGCUCAUCACCCCACCGACCCUGUCGAGAUGAGACGCAUCAACUUCCACACACCAGCUAUGAUGAGUCACCCUCCAGUCCCGAUCUCUGAACUGGCAGAACACACAGAGCUUUUGAAGGCCAACGACAACCUCCGGCUCUCCCAGGAGUACGAGUCCAUCGAUCCCGGGCAGCAGUUCACAUGGGAGCACUCGAACCUGGAAGUGAACAAGCCAAAGAAUCGCUACGCAAAUGUCAUUGCCUAUGAUCACACCAGAGUCGUGCUCGCACCAGUGAAUGGCAUUAUAGGCAGCGAUUACAUCAACGCAAACUACAUCGAUGGCUACAGGAAGCAGAACGCGUACAUCGCCACACAAGGCCCACUGCCUGAGACGUUUGGAGACUUCUGGAGGAUGGUGUGGGAGCAGAGAGCUGCGUCGAUAGUUAUGAUGACUAAACUGGAGGAGAAAUCAAGGAUAAAAUGUGAUCAGUACUGGCCCAGUAGAGGCACAGAAACGUACGGCUUGGUGCAGGUCACGCUACUGGACACCAUGGAGCUUGCGACGUUCUGUGUGCGGACCCUCUCACUGCACAAGAGUGGCUGUAAUGAAAGGCGAGAGGUGAGACAGUUCCAGUUCACAGCAUGGCCUGAUCAUGGUGUACCUGAGUAUCCCACUCCAUUCUUGGCUUUCCUGCGCAGAGUUAAAGCUUGCAAUCCUCCAGAUGCAGGUCCUAUCGUUGUUCACUGCAGUGCGGGCGUGGGCCGUACAGGCUGUUUCAUUGUGAUCGAUGCCAUGCUUGAACGUAUCCGCCACGAGCGCACCGUGGACAUCUAUGGUCACGUGACGCUGAUGCGCUCUCAGAGGAAUUACAUGGUGCAGACGGAGGAUCAGUACAGCUUCAUCCAUGAGGCCCUGUUGGAGGCUGUCACCUGUGGCAACACUGAGGUGGCAGCACGCAGCCUCUACUCCUACAUGCAGAAAUUGGCACAGGUGGAGAGCGGCGAGCACGUCACCGGCAGGGCACUGGAGUUUAAGCGCCUGGCAAACACUAAAGCUCACACCUCCAGGUUUGUGACGGCCAACUUGCCCUGCAACAAGUUCAAGAACAGGCUAGUAAAUAUCAUGCCAUAUGAGACCACCCGCGUGUGCCUGCAGCCAAUCAGAGGCCUCGAUGGUUCGGACUACAUCAACGCCAGCUUUAUUGAUGGAUACAGGCAGCAGAAGGCAUACAUCGCCACACAAGGUCCUUUAGCAGAGACCACCGAGGAUUUCUGGAGGAUGCUGUGGGAACACAACUCCACCAUCGUAGUCAUGCUUACCAAACUGAGGGAAAUGGGGCGGGAAAAAUGUCACCAGUACUGGCCUGCCGAGCGCUCCGCCCGCUACCAAUACUUUGUGGUGGACCCCAUGGCCGAGUACAACAUGCCUCAGUAUAUCCUGAGAGAAUUCAAAGUGACAGACGCACGAGACGGACAGUCACGGACAGUCAGGCAGUUCCAGUUCACUGACUGGCCCGAACAGGGAGUGCCAAAAUCAGGAGAGGGCUUCAUCGAUUUCAUUGGGCAAGUUCACAAAACCAAGGAGCAGUUUGGGCAGGAUGGACCAAUCACUGUCCACUGCAGUGCGGGUGUGGGUAGGACAGGUGUGUUCAUCACUCUCAGUAUCGUGCUGGAGCGGAUGCGUUACGAGGGCGCUGUGGACAUCUUCCAAACAGUCAAAAUGCUGCGUACACAACGACCAGCCAUGGUGCAGACGGAGGAUGAAUACCAGUUCUGUUACCAGGCCGCUCUCGAGUACUUGGGAAGCUUUGAUCACUAUGCAACAUAAAAGGAGGAAGAACACACUCGUCUCCCCAACACCCAUCUCAAUGUUUUACAGCGCUACAGAAAUUCUCUUGUUCCAUGAUGCCAUUGCGAAGGGGAAUGUUUUUGAAAUCCGAUGACAUUGAAUGCAGUUUUGGAGGAGAAAUGAAAAAAAUACAAAAAAAAGACAAAAAAAAGACAAAUUGACAAACAAAAAAGUUUUCUCUCAAGAGCUUCCCAGGGAAGUUCUGUAUCACAGCAAGCUUAUUACCUCAGUGUUCAGUUAUUGAUAUUAAUGUCGUGGUCGCCUUUUUAGAAAUAUUACAACGUGGAUAAAUAAACAAAACCUAUUUCGAAAUAAACAACAAAAAAUUACGAUAUGUAAAAAAAAAAACAAAAAAAAACAAUGAAUUCAAAAACGCCUGGAAAAUUGCUGCACUCUUCACUGGGAGUUGAAACCGAACUGUAUUUGCCAAUGAAACAAGAUCAGAGGUGAACUCCCGUCAGCUCCUGUAUGACGAAGGUUUUCGGUGCCGUAAAGGAGAAGCAGAACUCGUACCUUCUGUGCCUAACGGAGCAACAACGGCAGAGGGUCAUAGGUUAUGGAUUCUCUUGGUUUUGGAGGCGAACGGCUGUAUCACUGACUCUUCUUACACUACAUUAGUAAUGUAAUAUAAUCAGCUUCAGUGUCUCUUUUACUCCUGGUCAGUUGGAGCGCUAUCGUGAUUGAACUUUGCCUUUAAAGAGCUGUCAGAUACGUCUAUAGAGUUUUUUUUUGUUGUCAGUUUUGGACAGAGCGCCUGUGAAUACUGUAAUUCUGAUGUGUGUCACUCUUUCUCUUCCUUUUUCUUCCCCCUCUGUCUCUUUUCUCUUUCUUCUCUCCACAAAUAUGCUGCUUAUACCCUGUGCGUGAGAAAUAUGAGUUAGCAACGGCUUAAAUUUAGUCAUCUUCUGAAAAUGUUGGAAUUUGUUUGGUAAAAGAUCCAAGAUUUGAGACGAAGAAGCUGUUUUUCUUUGGGCCCGUAUGAAGACCGUAUGCAAACAGUACACUGUUAUUUACGUCUGACAUGCUGACAGGCUAAGAGCAUAUGGGCUAUAACAUGACCAUAUAUCCUCUAUCCCUUAGUCCCUAUACCAUGGCAGAAAAUCUAAAGCUGAAGAAUCUUCUCACAAGUCAAUUUCAAAGCAUUCUAGUGUUCCGACUAAAAAUGAAAGUGCUUUGUGAAGUUGAAUAAAACCCGCUGCCAAAAGCAAAGACUGACUGCAGAAGCCAGUUCAAUUGAAUUUUUCCAGUAGUUCUUUCGCUUAAUUAAACUGUGCUAGAAGAAAAUGUUAGGUUUUUGUUUAGUGGAGGAGUCGUGUGUAGGCAUAGCACAAAGGAGUUUAUUAUGAAUAGUUACAGAAGAUUUAGCACAAGCCCUCUGGAACGGACGAAGACGGAGGACAUUUUUUCGUAGGUCUGAUCCUCGUCAAGAGACUAAAAGUGAGCCUUAUCGUCGUCGUCAAAUAUUUAACCGAUCUGAUUUUUUUAUUUGGUUUUGCUGAUAUGAUGCUUGUAUUUUUAAUAAUAUUUAUAUUCAUUUUUUUGGAGUACUUGCUGGAAUAUAAUCGACGAGAUGUUGUGUAGUUGGCAAGCUAAUGUGACUGUACAUGGUCCCUCUGUAAAAUCUUUUUUUUUUCUUUUUUUUUUUAUAUUUCCUGUAUAAAUUUCUCUUAGAAUGUCCUAGGAACAGAACAGCACAAGGCCUGGAAUUGUUUUUUUAGUAAAAAAGAUUUAAAAAAUCCCUCAGAAGGGCCUAACAGCCUUUCCUAAUUUUGUGAAAAUUACUCCGACCCUGUUUCUCAUCAGAAGGAUCUGCGCUAAGUGCCAGUAGUAUAACUAAAAUUCUCCUGUUGAUAAUAAUGAUUACACAGAAACAAACGACGGCCACUUAAAGGUAUUGGAGAGAGAUUAUGGGACUUGAAAACGACCACAGCGACUUUAAGAGCCUGUUCUUUAAAGCACACACUGAUGGAGUACUGAUAUUAUUUAUUACCCUUUAUCCAAUCUUGCUUAUUUAUAUUAGAUUAAGGCAGAUGUUUGUUGAUAAUAUAUGGAAAUGGUUACGGUGGAAUUGCACAAUAUACAGCAUAAUGGUCAUAACAGCUCAAAUGUUCAAAUGCACUUUGCAGUUUGUAGUUUGUAAUGGGCUGAAGCGACAGAGGAGAUGAGCGUCUCUCUUCAUCCCUUCGAGGAAAGCACAUCUGAAAGACUUACAGCUGAAUAUUUAACGUUAUAAAGGAUAUAUAGCCAGCUUUUAGCAUAACUUACAAAUCUUACAGCAUAUACCAGUGCCCCCAGAAAGUAUUUAACCCCCAGUGAUUUGCUGUGUUGUAACAUCAAAUUGAAGUAAAAUAAUAGGAUUUUUUAUUUUACCUUUUUUUUUUUUUUUACUUGCUUAAUUUUAAGUGCUGUUGAUCUUUUUCUUACCUUACCCAGGUUUCAUAUUUUCCUCCUACCAACUGCAUCUUGAAGCUUAAUGGGCAGUUCUUUGGUGCUCAUGACAACAGGAUUGACCUGAUCUGAUGUUUUAUCUGUGAAGCCUCAAAACAUCAGUGAUAUUUAUUGCAUAAAUGGUUGAGUGUUUAAGAAAGAUUGGUCAAUACCUAUCAGUUAAACAGUAUUUCUGAGAACAUAGAAAUAAUUUGUUUCCUUUUGAAUUCAAAAGAAGCAGAAAUAAUGCAUGCUGAUAUAUUUAACUUUGGUGUUGCAAUACAGCGAAAAAAGGACUAAUCUCUAGGGGGUGACUAUUUUCUGAAGCCACCAUUAAAGAGGAAACAUAAAGCAGGAUAACUGGACAGAAAAAAGGACCCUAAGAUUUUAAUACACUGCAAGAUAUUCAGGCCAAGUGCUAACAAGCGUUCACAUUUUCAACCUCUCACUUCUCUCUGCUGAUUUAUUUGAAAUCAUAUAUGUAGAUAUGUUGACUUUGUAAUAAAAACAGAAAGACUGGA